GGGUCAUACACGUAAAUUUGCAUAAAUCAUUGAAAAGAAUAUUGGGAGUGAUUGUCGUAAACCGGAAUACUCAUUUGGCCUGCGGUGACAGUAAUUAUUUUGACUCCACCGUCAAAGACAAAGACCGCACUCAUUCUCUCUCGUUGGUCGAGUCAAACACAUUUAAAACUGUUCCUUCGUUUCACGCUCUUCUCGUGUUCUGCUUCGGUUACAACUUCUCUUCUAUCCAAUACUUCCAAAUCUCCACUUCACAAUAAGAACCCAUUAUUGAUUUCUCUACAAGUUAUACAUUACAAGAAAAAAGAUGGGAAACUGUCAAGCAGUGGAUACAGCGAGAGUGGUGAUACAACACCCAAAUGGGAAAGAAGAAAAGUUAAGUUGUCCAGUUUCUGCAAGUUAUGUGAUGAAGAUGAAUCCUGGCCACUGUGUUUCUCUCCUCAUCUCUACCACCGCUCUCUCGUCAGCAUCUUCCGGUCAUGGAGGGCCUCUUAGGCUCACGAGGAUCAAGCUCCUUCGUCCCACGGAUACGCUUGUUCUCGGCCACGUCUAUAGACUCAUUACCACCAAAGAGGUUAUGAAGGGUUUAAUGGCCAAAAAAUGUUCGAAGUUGAAGAAAGAAAGUAAAGGCUCGGAUGAUAAGCUAGAGAUGGUGAAAGCAAUAAACUCUACUAAGCUUGACAAUGAAGAUCAGCUGCAAAUGAAGAAACAGGAGAAAGAAAGGUCAAGAAUCUCAAGAUCAUGGCAGCCAUCAUUACAAAGCAUAUCGGAAGGAGGAUCAAGCUGAGCAAAUUCUAAAACUUUGGGGAAUAUUAAAGAGAAGCUUCAGAAUUUAAGGAUAUAGUUUGGAAAAUAUGAAGGCAUGUGAGUGGCUAAUGACAAAAGCUGGUCCUUUGGAGUAUGUGAUAUUAAAGUGAAAAAAUUCGAAAGCAAUCAUUCAGUUUUUUUUGACUGAAGAAGACUCAUUACUUCUUCUAGUAGAAUAAUACAAAAAUUAUCAAAAGUUAGCGUUACAAACGUAACCGAAAGCAUCGAGCGUGCUUGAAGCUGAUCAUGUAUUAGAUAAUUGAUCCAAUGUACUCCAAAGGAGUAUUAUUAAAACAUCUAAAAAUUAAAAGAGAAACGAAAAAAGUAUGUACAAUUAACGAGGAUUUGAACGGCGGAAAAUUUUUGUCGCUAAUCCCUCGCUUAUAUACAACAGAUUUUGAAGAUAGACAUAUCAUAUCAUUGCAGUCUUAUGUCCGUUGCAAAAUUGUGAUGACUAAAAAUUGGUAACCAAUGUUAUAGUCUCUUUUAUUUC